UACACGUCUGCCACGACAAGCUGCAUCGGUGCUGGGGUGAGAUUCAGCUACAUAUAACUCAUAGGAAGACGUGUGGAUGUAUGCACAUAGAAUCCAACAGCCGCUCUCGAGUACUUAGAUAUCAUGGAAUCGUUAGACUCACGCGAAAGGCUUUAGAGCCCUUUUAAAUUCAGAGCCCACCGAAUGCUGACGCAAAGCCUCGUGGUGUGCGUGAGAUCACACGCCUUUCCCUCACCGAGUGCGCGCGAACCGGCCCUGCAUCGCCGUCAGAGCGCACAGAAGGCCGACAUGGGGCGUUCUGAGGUGGUGGCUCACCGUUCGAGGGCCGAUCGCUCUCAGACUGUGUACGAAACCGAAAACUACUUGCUCCAAAAAAGCCAGUUUUCAUCUUUUUGAUGCGUGCGCGUUUUUAUUACUGGACACUAUUUCUGGGGACAGCGUACUCUCUGCGGGUACAUUUGCAAGCUUCCGUAUUCCAAACGACCAGGCAAGGGCCGUCUCGAGGUACGAAGAGCUACACCGGCUGAAUAGAGCGGGCUGCAUUUGAAGGAGGACCACAAGCGGUAAAGUUCUUGUGCAUAUUUGUACAGCAAUAACCAAAGAAACUGUGUAAAGAAAGUGUACCUUGGGCAUGUUGUAAACUCACUUUACUGCAGCACACACUUUAUGAAACAUAAAAAUUACUGAGACAAAUUCAGGGUAGGUAACCUCAGGUGAGGGAUGUCGCAAAUCAGUAGCCCAGUUCAAUUCGCUGCAGGGUUUCAAGACACCCUGUCGGCUACUCCCGAGGAGGUCAAGCAUCUUCUGACCGAAACGUCCGAGGGUUGGGUUGGAAAGCCGAGAUUUGAGCAAAUAGAUCGGAUUCUUCGCGAAUUCAGGAGGCAUCCCUACUCGCUGGUUCACGCGCGCGGCUUUCUGACGGAUCACCUGUCGAACGUUCAGUUUUACGGGCUGAGCGUUUACGAGGAUUGGAUUAACACAAAGUGGGCAAGUUUAGACGAAGGACAGAGGAUUGAAAUUGCGAACACGUUGUUCGAUUACGCGUUUGAAAAUUAUAAAAGUUUACCGUCUCCGGUUUUGAAUUAUUUGGCGAAGGUGAUUGCGUGCAUUGGAAGAGUUGAGUGGCCUGGGAGGCGCUUCAAUUUCUUAGAGCGCCUGUUGAUAUGCGCGAACAACCCGGAUUCGUGCAUGCUGGGUGUGUUGUUGUUGAGCGCCGUGUCAGAGGAGUGGAUAAGUCCGAGCUGCAAGAUUUUGUCGAGUCGGCGCCGGGAGUUGAGAGAGGAGUUGUUGGCGAGCGUGGCUGGCGUAUUCGACACUUUCAACCGUUUGUUGCUCGUGUUGUGGGACGGCAAGGCGUCGGAGCUCGAGGGGGGGGGUUGGGCGAGUAGCCUUGACGAGUCGGACAGAGCGUUAGGCAAGGCUGUUUUGAGGGCGACUCAGGCGUUUUUUUCGUGGGUUCCGAUAGACCAGAUAUUCGAAUAUGCCAAGCCCGACCUGAUAUUUCGUUUCGUGUUUUUGAACGAGUCGGUGUCUUUAGAUGCGCUGGAUUGUUUGAAUGAGAUGCUGGGGAGGAAUUGCUACGGUCCGCAGUCGCGGCAGUGCCUUUCUGGGUUGUAUGACGUGUCUUUGGGGUUGCUGUCAAAGUUCAUCGAGACGCCCGAGCAGUUUUCGACGUUGAGGAGCGAGUUUAUGCACAAGUGGACUCAGUUCAUCAGUUUGUUUGUGCGGACUCAGUUGGAGGUGAAUAUGGGUGAUGCGAGCAUAUGUGAGUUCGUGAUGUUUUUUGGGAAGUACACGUUGUUGCAGAAGACGCAGGAGCAGUUUUUGGCGUGUUUGGAUAUUUGGGAAGUGAUUUUUACGGUGAUGAUGAACAAGGCGGAGAACAGGGUGUGGAUAGACGCCUGCGCGCAGGUGGUGACUGAUUUCGUUCAGUCUUUGCACAGGAGCGUUCUUUUUUGCUGCAACGGAGAGGAGUUGUCGCGUUUGGAGUCGAGGGCGGUGAUAGACGAGGGAGCGUUGACGGAGGGUGAGGGAGUUUGCGAGUUGGACGCGCGCAUUCACUCGGUGUUGAAUUUGGUGUCGCAGGCAUACAUGUUGUAUCCCGGAUCGCUGCACCGGGUGUUGAUGUUCAGCGUGGCGGAUCAGAUUAGGAAGUUUGGGAGCGUGCACGUGCUGAUGAAAGGCGGUGACGAGGAGAGCCAGAGGCAGGUGUAUUACAUUUCGAAGGACACGAACACGAUGGUUGAGUUGUGCGCGCUGAUGGGGAGUCAGUUUUGUCAGUCUUUCGAGACGACGUUUGACGACGGGUUGUUUUUAAUAAGGACGUUGAUAGACAUGCUGAACUACAUUAGCGAGAACAAGAUAUAUCAGCACGAUCUGAGGGUGGUUCGUUUGUACGCGGAAACAUAUGGUGCGCUGAGGAGUUUUUCCGAGUGGAUAGCGCACUAUGCGAAUCGGUUGCACGAUCACCAGGUGCCGUCUUACGAGGAGCUCGACAUUUUACUUUGCAACUUGAUUCGGUGCGACAUAGACGGUUUGAAUUUGCCGGCGUUUCCUUCCGCUGAUCGCGGCGCGUUGGAGAUCGUUGCCCUGUCCGCGGCCAUCCAUCUCAGCUCGAUUGUUCAGAAUGUAAAGUACUCUAACUUGUCCAAUCUGGAGCCCGUUUUGCACUUGAUGCACCGCGUUCACGACAUUGCGUCCGAGCACACUCCGGAGACCCAACGCCACGUUCACGCCGCGGUGGCAUUGAUUUUCUUGAGUGCCUGGGGCCACGUGGCGAGUCACGCUCAGCAGUGGGACAUUCGAUCGCAGUCGUUCCAGCGCUACGCCGGGCCGAUCAUCGCGCCGUACGAGAGCGUGGUCAGCGCGAUUCUGAACGGAGACACCGCCCUGCUCGCUCAGGAGCAGGUCAAGGACAGAAUCAAGGCCGCGUAUUUGUACCUGACAGACCUUAUGAACAGCUGCGGAGAUGGCCGCCUAAACAGGAACGGAUUGGCGAUCUUAUGGGACACGGUCCAAAGGAGCAUCACGCUCAGCAUUGAUUUGUUUCCCUAUUGUCAGGAUGGCGACAUACUUCUUCAUAUGCUGCAAGUCUUUAUUCAAACGUUCGAGACGCUGAGCGGGUACAUUUCGAUUGACAUGAAGAGGAACAUGGUGAGCGCCAUCGUCAACUCUCUUACUCAGAGACACUGCCUGGGCCAGAUGAUAAAUGGCAGCGACGACGUGGGGGCCACGGUUGUGACGCGCCUUCUGAAGUUGUUCCGAUCGAUUCUUCGUCGGUGCGAGUCCGACUUGGUGGACGCCACGCUCAAGUUCUGCAUGGAGUCUAUUUCUCCGUUUUUGAACCUCUCCGAGACACCGGCGCACGUCAUCCAGGCGUUCCACGACGUGCUUGGGGACAUCUUGAGCGACCACCACGCCUUUCUGCGUCAGCACGAGGAGUAUUACCAUGGCGUCAUCCACUGCUUCAACCUUCUGCUACAGGCGCAGGACUACAACUACUUCCGCUCCGUCAUAGACCACCUCCGAAACGCCAACAAAAAGCAGCUCAUCUUUCGACAAGAGGCGUUCUGGAAGCACGGGUACGUCAAGCUCCUCUCGACGCUCUUUCUCUCUAUUCUACGGGGCGACCAGUCUUCCCUGGAAGGCUACAUCCUGGAAACCGCCUAUCAGAUCAUCGAGGGCGCGGGAUUCGAUGCGUUUUUCGACCAGUUUGUCCCUGGCUUUAUAAAUAGUUUAGAAGUAGCUGCACCCCUCUCUUGUGAACGAAUGGAGGCGCUCCGGCUCACGCUGGGACGAGAAACAGAUAUGCCGACGCUCGUGAAAAACUUGGCUGAAAUGCUUGGCGAUCUCCGCUGUUACUGCUUCCAAUAAAAAGGGUUGUACCCAAGCGCGCAAGUGUGCUUUUUGUACUUGCUACAAAAAGUGUUUUUUU